GGGUCGGGCAGGGCUUCGGUGUGUGAAAGCUCCUCGCCUGUUGUCUUUUGGGGGCUGGGCAGAAGGGUAAGGCUAGGAAUUUGGGAGGUGGGAUGGUUUCCACUUGCUAUUGAGGAUAAACUUGGCCUAACCCUGUCUCUUUCCCACGGUCAUUCUCAGCUGGGCAGCACCUGGCUUUUAAAGGAUGACAUGCAUCUGCUGCUCCAUGAGAGACACAAACCCAGCUGCACACAAGGGCACUACCUACUGGGAACAGGUUUCGCCAGUCCCUCAUAUCUUUCAGCUGCAGUAAAUGUAUUACGUAAUUGUAAGAGCAACACACCUUUCAGCCCUCAGGUCUUUUGGUAUACUUGCGAAAAGACUUUUGACCUCCAAGGAAUAUUGUUUACCCCACCCACCUCUUUCUAUAGAGAGGCAUAGUUCAGUUUUGAACAGCUGAUUAUGUGGCAGCACUGAUUUCAUUUACUGAGGUGUUGGAUGGCUGCUUCAUGUGUCUUCAGAGGGGACUUCCAGUUAGAAAUGAAACUACUGUAAAUCAAAGAAGACAUGAAGGUGCAGAAAAUACUCAUCUUUCUGUUUCAUUUGAAUGCUGUAGUUUCAGGUCUUGAAGAGGUAACCGGGCAAUUAUCCGAAGAUUUUAUCCUUCCUUGCUCUUUUGCACCUGCAAAAGGUGAAGUAAUUUACUGGAAGAAAGGGAACAAAAAUGUGCACAGCUACUACUACGAGAAGGAUCAGCUAGAACGUCAAGACUCUGAGUACAAGGGGAGAACAUCCCUUUUUCAUGAGCAAAUUCCCACCGGAAAUGCCUCCUUGAAACUGAGUAACCUGAGCCUGAGUGAUGCGGGCUCCUACAGCUGCUAUGUGGGGACAAAUCAAGAUAAAACAGAAGUGGAAGUCAGACUUCACAUAACAGUUUCCCCCUCUUAUGCAAUGGAAUAUGAAAAACGAGGCGGAGAGAGACUGUUGAAAUGUCUUGCCUUUCGUAUUUAUCCUGAGCCAAACAUAUCGUGGGCAUAUAACAGUACAUCUAUGCAAAAUACAAAAAUAGAAGUAACCCAGGAUGGCCGUCUCUAUUCAGUCAGAAGUGAGAAGAACAUUACAAACAAAGUUUCUUCUUACCAGUGUCACAUUCAGUUUCACAAUGAAAAUUGGAUUGCUGAAUGGAAAAUGGAAGAUCCGUUUUUUAAAAAGGAAGGAGAUACCGUUUCAAUUCCAUGUGAAUUUAUGGCUGAAGGGUCUCCAUAUACUAAAGACGUCAUAGUUACUUGGACAAUAAUCAGAAAUGCAUCUACCUUGGUUCUGGCAUCCUCCGACAACCCAUCACAAACCCCUGAACAGUUUAAAACUCGAUUAUCUUGGGAGAAAAUCAAUGAACAGGACUACUCAGUAAUCUUAAGGGAUCUUACUCUGGCAGACAGUGGAGAAUACAUGUGCAAUAUUUCAACACCACACUAUACACAGCUCACUGUAAGAAUUUUGCAGGUUGAGGAAAAAUCCUCACAUUACCAUUGGAUAGCUAUAACGCUGCUGAUCCCCAUCAUUGCCUUUAUUGUAUGGUGUACUGUGAAGGGGAGAAGACAGACAGUAAUUUAGAAAAAUAAAGAAAGAGCAAAGAUUAAAUGGCUGCAUGUGGACACUUUACAAUAUAAUGAAGUAGGAGAAGAUUUCGCAACAUAUAUUCAGAGACUUGAGCAAUAUUUUAUGCGUAUGCUACAGAAGAUACAGAUGGCUGUUUCCUAACGUUGGUGUGUAAAACCACUUUUGUGGUGCUUAAAAGUUUUCCUCAAGAGCCUGAUGAAUUGGAAUAUAAGGACAUAAAAAAGAUUCUAAAGAAGCAUUUUGAGCCUAUCGUCAAUUUUUUUUAACAGAAGGAUAUAAGUUUCACCUCAGAAAUCAGAUAGAAGGGGAAAGUAUCUCUGGAUUUUUGGCAACCCUGAAAAAACUGUCCACUACUCUUUGUUUUGGUAAUUUUUGGAAGAAGCUCUCAGAUCAAUCUGAAUUAAGAGAGGUUGUUGGAUGUUGUGUGUCACAAGGAACUGCCACUAGAUGAAGACUGCUCUAUUUGAAUCCACACAAAAAAGUGCACCAAAAUUCGAAAAUAAAUUGGCCUCAUCGUGCCAGGCUGGAAAAAAAGGCCUUUGGAGUGGAUGAAAGAAACACCACCACUGGUUCAAACCUCUCACAGGAUCCAAACAGAACAGAGGGAACCCUAUUUCUGCUGUUUAGGGAUACCACACCUGCAGGAGCAGCGUUUCCUUAAUAAGCUGCAGAGCAAGAAGCGCUUUAAGAAGGGAUAUGUCAACAGGCUUACCACAGUGCCCCAGAGUACAACGAAGGAUCCAUCAAAAGGAAGCCACCAGCAUCUACAACUAGGAGCCACCAUCCUAGUUCGGUGCCUGUCAGGCUCGGAUGAAAGGAUGCGUGAGCUAUACCAUUUCACAGACUUGUAUGUGGUGGGAAAUGGACAGACAUAUCAUCCCCUGUAUUUUGUUAACAUAAAGGUAAAUGACAUGAUAUUGACAAUGGAAGUAGAUACAGGAGUGGCCAUGUCUGAUCUCUGGGGGUGGGAGGGUGGUUAACAAAAAAAAAUUCCUUGGUUAAGAGCAAGAGAAACUAAUGUGCUUUGAUAGCUUUACAAUUAGGGGCAGAUCGGAGUAUUAGACAGCCUCCCUGUCACUUGAAUUACAUAGAUAUCUGUUCACCAUUAGAGUUAAUAGUGAGUGAAGGAAUGUGUCUCCCCCCCUGCACUGAUGGGCAUAAACUGGCUAUACACAUUUAAAUUGGAUUGGAAUGUGGUGCACCACAUGCCAGACAGAGUGAGGGAACUGAAAAAUACAAAGCUGUGGGUUCAGAAAGAGGCAUAACUGUGAGGCUGGUUGUGACAAGGCCUAAAUUUCUGAAUGCUAGACUUGUGCCAUAUGCUCUGUGCAGGAGCCUGUGGAAAAACAAACACUGAAAAAUUGCCAGUGUAAACUUCCCAGGUUUUUCUGUCUAGGGCAGUGAUGGUACAAAAUUACAGGGGCAGGAUGAAGCGGGGGAAAACAGUGUGGUAAAGAUAAUAUGGGACCUAAUGGCACAUUUGCUAGAGAUAAUGAAGAGGUACACUGACUAACUUACCAGAUUAAAAACUCA